GGAGACAGCGUCUGGGCCCUGCGCGGAUAAAGUCGAAACUCUCGAUGGCUGAGCCGCGCAUCACAUUUGUGCACGGCGGCGGCAGUGAUGAAGCGCCAACCCAAGCAGCUGGUGAUCUUCAUAGCUGGAUGGUGGGUAGCUCAGGUCUGCGCGAAGAUGAGGGGUAUGGAGCGUGUGAGAUCAACGAGGGCGCAAUGGAUCUUGUCGCCCUGUCGACGCUUAUUUGCAUUCAGGAGUUACGAAGUCAAGGCUCAUGGAUCUCAGAUGUGGUUCUUCCUCUCUUGAGGCUAUCUACCAAGGGACUUCCUCUCGAAGUUUGGAGCGUACAAGGAGAGUCUGUACGCACCAAGUGUCGACCACGGUUUAGGGAUGGAAAAACCUUUGACAGCCAGGUUGACCUCGUGGUUGGCUUGCCCCCUGACGCCUGGGAAGAAGAGUACCAGCAAAGGGGGCUCAACGAUCGUGGUUGGGAUUUUAGUCAUGUGAACUCGCCGCAUACUUCACAACGGGUGUGGUCGUCUUGACUCCCGACAAGAGCUUGCUGGAUGCCGAGGUACAGCUGUCCAAUUGGAUGGCUGGACUGUCCUCCUGGGCAUACUCCAAGAGCCCUAGAUCCGGGCAUCAUCCGGCAGCGCUUGGCUUGACCGCCAUAGGAGAAGAAUGGAGAUUCUACAUCUUUGACGGGCGUCGUCACUGUCCAGGGGAGUAUCCGCCCCUUAGCGAAGUUGUACGUUGAAAUGCCCUUAUCUGACUGAUUGCGAAGCUGAUUCCGGUGUACUCCAGGUGGCUUGAGCCCUUUACGUACCCUUUAUCAGUGCACUUCAAACAGUUCAAAGGUUCAUGAUCUACUGAAGAAACUAAGGCGCAUGAUGGAAUAUAACUCUGACAUGCUCGGCGAGGAACUCUUCGAGUUCAUUUAAUUUGGCAUGAUAUCUGGGGUUCCGGCGCAUUCCUUUUCAGAGAAGGGUAACAGGGCGAAAUUCCUAUCUUUCCGAAGCCCAUGGUCAUUAUCACAGAAACUCAGACCUUGUGAAAUUCUAGGGGCGAAUAAGACGCGAGAAGCUCUCGUAGCGACCUUGUAUACUAUCUACUUGAUGCACAGAAGAAUUACUAGGACAUAUCUAUACUAAC